AUGCCAAAGUCAACGGAUAUUACUUCACAUGUAUCGACAAUUAUUAAGUUAUAUCGCUUUUUAAUCGUAAUGGCUACUUUUUUUGCUUGUUGCUCUUGCAUUGACUCGAAACCAACUGAUACUAAUGGUUAUUAUCCAAUUAUUUCGCCUUCAUAUGAAUCUCAUGUUUUUGAACGAGCAGCACCGCGUCUUGGCCGUGCCUCGCCACGCAUUGGCCGCCGUUUCAUUAACAUGUGGCUUUCACAAUUAGCUCAUGCUGGUCGAUAUUAUAAUCCCGAAGAAGAUACAAAAAAUAGAUUCCCGGAUGAUAUUGAAUCAUCGAUGUAUGAGCGACGAGCAGCACCACGGCUUGGACGUUCCAUUGAAUUCGAUUUCGAAAAAUAG